UCUGUCUCCUCUCGCUAUGUCGCUCGUAAGUCCACCGAAGCCGCGGCCUGCGCCGACCAACCCUAUCUCCCUCUCUCGAUUCUCUGUUCGCACUCGACCUUCCCACCGCCGGCCUGCCGGCCGGCCACCCUAGCCGCCUCAAUUUCUGCCCUAGCCAUCGCUCUACCGGUUGCGUUUUCCUUAACGAUUUAUCUCUUUAAAAUUUUGUGGUAGAUGAAGCUGGAGCGAAAUGGCCGCUUCAUCAUUCAGAAGCAGUCGCAAGCGUUCGACAACUACUUUUUCAGAGCGGCAUCCUCUCCAUAAACGAAAAUAACUCUCCGCAAAAUUCGCAUUUAAUUUAGGAAUGCAGCAGAGAAUAAUCUUCUAUAUUUCUUUCCAUAUAUAGUUUAGGGUUUUAUUUAGCAACUUCUCCAAUCAAAACUGCUCUCUGAACAUCCCUAAUAUAAAUACUUUGAAAGAGUAAAUUAUUUGAUUAUUUCUCUUCGAUCUUUUUUGUUUUUCCUCUGUACUGUCUCUGCGAGACGUUGAAGGGACAGGGUUCGAUUUCUCAUCAAUUGCUUCCGGGCCUUAGGGUUUCUCUCUCGGUUUCAAUGAUUGGAGCAAUAGAGGUUGGAGGGAAAAACAUGCAGAUGACAAAGAAGAGAAGUUUAAAUGACAGGGAAGGAAGCAAUGCGAGCUUAAUGGGAGAUAGGAUUGAACAGUGCCUGAUGUUUCACGCGGCAAUGAGAUCUCAAGAUUGGGAGAUUGCUGAAAGUCUAUUUCUCUCAGCAGAACCAGAAAUCCGAAAUGAUUUUCUAUGCAAAGCAGUGGAGUUUGUAUGGUUUUUGAAAAGUCGGCACGAACUGGAUGAGAUCACUAGGCUGAUCAAGAUGAUUGUCUCUAAUGGUGCCGGAAAUUUGAAAAAGGCUCUUGUCAAAUCUUCUUUUCUUGCUGCUUGUCUUUCAGUAUUUGGGAGCUUGACAAUGAGCUUAAAAAGUAAUCCUGCUAUCAUGAUUCGAAGGUUGAUUGAACGAUUUCAGAAAUCGAAUCAGGAUGAGGUUUUCAAAGCUCAAGCAGAUGGUAACAGUCAAAAAAUCAAUAUCAAUGAUGUCCGGUUACAGAUUCUAGGAUUUAAAGCAUUCUUGAAUAUUGCUGGCAGUAAUCUCUCCAGAAACGAUUUUCUUGAGGCAUUUGAAGUAGCUUGCUUUCCUCUUACUCACAUACAAAACUUCUAUCCGGGUUGGGAAUUUGGAGGAGGAGCUUAUUUGCUAGUAAGCUUACUAACAAUGUUGGUGGAGGGUGGAGCAAAUAAUGUCAACCAAAGCCUUUUGGAAGCAACUCAAUUUGGCAGUACUGAACUUGUACGUAUCUUUCUACAGCUUGCCCAGCAGAAAAACUUACCUGUUAAUGUUGAUCUGGCACUUGAAUAUGCCUCCCAAUUUGUCAAAAUUAGAACCAUGGAAUGCUUGGUAGUGGAAGGGAAAGCUACUUCCUUUCUAAAACCACUAAUUUCUGCUGCUAGACAAGGUUGCCUCCCUGUGCUUCAGUGGUUCGUCAAUCGUGGCUGCCCGAAUAUCCAUCUUGUGUUUGCCUUAGCUGUUGCAGCCUCCAACAACCAUGUUCAAAUUGCCACUUACCUUCUUCAUCAUAUUCCACUUCCUGUGCUUACUUCCAAAGGAAAAAAGAUCAUCAAGAUUACUUACGAUCUAGGCGGCGGAGGCGGCGGCGGCGCAUCUCUCCAAGGUGUUUCUUUACUCCUCCAGUUAAACUUUCUUGGCGACUCUGUUGCAACCUAUGCAGUAGCAGACAAGAUUGCUCGAUCUGAAGAUGGAAAUUUGGCUCAUUUGCUCAAAGUUUUUCUUCAAGAACAGUGGUCGGAAGCAGCUUUUUGGGAGGGGAUGAAGGCAGGGAAGAACCACUACGUGAACCUCAUGAGAAUACUGAGAAGAGGCGAAUCGUCCAUUUGGUUAAGGGGUCUUCCAUCGCCAUUACUGAUGGCUAUUGGAUACAUGCCUUUGUAUAAGGACUGUGUGAAGGCCAACGGUCGGCUGUUGCCUCAGAGACUUAGAGGGCAGCUUGUGGAGAUUGCAGAAAGGAUCACCAAUGGAGCUGUUAACAAAGAGAGUCAGUUGAAUGAGGUAAUGGGUGUGUUGGAGCAUCACAUACCUCUCUUUGUUCGUUCUUCAUGAAGAUCUUUGGCUUCUUUGAUUUCUUGAUAGUUUGCUAAUUGGUUUAUUUUUGGUAAUGCUGAGUAGUUGUAUGGUUCUAACUUGGAGAAAUUCUUUGGUGUAGAUAUAAUAAAAUUUUGUUGUUGCUUCUUGUUUUAAGGAGGUGAUUUGGGCUUCGUUUGGAGCCGCUUUUGAACAUAAAUUUUUUGUUGCUUUCAAAAAAUUUUUGUAGUAAAAGACUGUUUUAACAAAA